AUGGCUUCAAUCGCAUUCCGUGCCGUCAGGCAACGUAGCGCAUUGUGCAGGCGCGAAGCUCUCGGUAGCUGCAUUAGGCACUACGCUACAGAACUUCCUCGACCUCCGCCUUCAACAAGCGAGCCCGUCGUCGAGACAUACUCAGCUACCUCAAAACCGCGGCCUUACUACGCCAAACACCCACCAUAUAGAGAGUUGCCAAAAAUAAAAUCCAAGUGGCCUGUUGCGAUCUCCGCAUUGACCAUUGCCGUGCUGGGGUGGUCGGGGUUCAUGGCGUACGUGACGAAUCAAGAGAAACUUUCAAGCUCUGUAUCUCGGAGCAUAUUGCGAGCCGUGCGGGAGGAUCCUCAGUUGAGACAAGUGUUGGGUGAAGUGAUAAGACCGCAGCCGGAGUGGUGGUUGAAUGGAGACCCUUGGAUAAGUGGGCAUAUUAACCAGCUGCAGGGUAAUAUCGAUGUCAGCUUUAGGAUACGAGGGUCACGAAGCUCGGGAACGAUAUACUUUACCAGCAUACGAAAAGAAAAGGGUGUGCCCUUCACAGUUCUGCGCUUCAAGGUUAUUUGCGACGAUGGAACUAUUGUUCACAUUUCGGACAAUCUUACUAUCUAGGCUGCUGCUUUCAACAGAGAAUUUAUCCCUGAAUGUUCUUGGGCUUGUCCAGAUCAUGGCUGCGCUGCUGCUGACUUUGAUCCGUUGUGAUAUAUACGGGGUUCAACUGUUCAGGGCCUCUGAAAUGCAUGCAUUGGCAUCCACAGUCGUGUUUGUCUACGCGAUUGCAGAUAAACAUC